AUGGUUGACCCGUUAGCGAAUGAUCCUCAGUCACGGUCUCACUACCUACAGUGUCAACCAGCACAAAAUAAUCUGUUCUGUGGACGAUGGCAACGUAUGCCGUGUGCUCCAGCUACUGUCUUCGACGCUCCAUCUCAGCUCUGCGUCUGGGAUACCCAAGGUUCACCGGCCACUCUGCCAACGAUGCCAACGAGCGCUCCAUAUGUUCCCACUCAGGCUCCACAAGCUCAGUGUUCGUGUACGGGUGGAGUACGGAUAGGCUCUUGCAAUCAAAAUUAUCAGUGCCCUGGACAAUCCGUUUGCCAAGUUGGGCAGAAUGCCGGAAGUCAGGUGAGCAUCUUUGAGGAAGGCGUUGAUUUCAGUCUAAGACACAGUCCACUAUAA